CUUGCAAAACCUGAGAUGCUAGCCUGUUCAAAAGAGGAAGCAGCGUUUUCCCCUACCUUACUAAUAUCUCUCACCGGAUGGUAUUUCCCCUUCAUCAGUGGCGAGACCUAAGCAACCACUGGACGCAUAAAGGACUUAGCAGCACAGAGACAAGAAAAAUGGCAACCCCAAUAGACGGGCCCCAGACUGAGGAAGAAGUCUUCUGGACCACCCCCUACGAUUAUGAGCUCACAAUGCCGUGUGAAAAAGUCAAUGUGCAGGAGCUGGGGACCCAGUUGCUGCCGCCACUGUAUGCCCUGGUGUUUGGAGUUGGUCUCCUGGGCAAUGUGCUGGUGGUGGUGAUCCUCAAAAAAUACAGGCGCCUGCGCAUUAUGACCAACAUCUACCUGCUCAAUUUGGCGAUUUCUGACUUGCUGUUUCUAGUCACCCUCCCCUUCUGGAUUCACUAUAUCAGGUGGAAUGAGUGGGUGUUUGGCCAUCGCAUGUGUAAGUUGCUCUCGGGGCUGUAUUACAUAGGCUUGUACAGUGAGAUCUUUUUCAUCAUCCUGCUGACCAUCGACAGGUACCUGGCCAUUGUCCACGCUGUGUUCGCGCUGCGGGCCCGGACUGUCACCAUUGGGAUCAUAAGCAGUGUCUUCACCUGGGCCCUGGCAGGGCUGGCUGCCCUCCCCGAAUUUAUCUUCCAUAGGUUCCAAGAGGAUUCUGAACAGGUUCUCUGCAGUCCACUUUAUCCAGAGGAUGAAGAAGACACCUGGAAGCGUUUCUAUGCUGUGAGAAUGAAUGUCUUGGGUCUCGUUCUGCCUCUGCUCAUUAUGGCUGUCUGCUAUGCCGGAAUCAUUAAAACGCUGGUCAGAUGCCCCAGUAGAAAAAAGUAUAAGGCCAUUCGGCUCAUUUUUGUCAUCAUGGUGGUCUUUUUCAUUUUCUGGGGACCUUACAACCUGGUUCUCCUUCUCUCCGCUUAUCAAACGAUCUUCUUUGAGGCUGACUGUGAGCGGAGCAAACAGCUGGACGUGGCCAUGCUGGUGACGGAGGUGAUCGCCUACACGCACUGCUGUGUCAAUCCUGUGAUCUACGCCUUUGUUGGAGAGAGGUUCCGGGAGCACCUCCACCACUUUUUCCACUGGCACAUGAUCCUGCCCCUGGGCAAAUAUAUUCCAUUCCUUCCCAGUGAGAAACUGGAAAGAGCCAACUCUGUGUCCCGAUCCACAGGGGAGCAGGAGCUCUCAGCUGUAUUUUAGGUCAGGUGCAGAAAAUUCCUUAGAGAAAUGCACUGAGCAGAUGAAGCAAAUACAUUAAGCCAAUUACCUUGACCUCUACCCAAGUUCUUUGAACUUCCAGUGCCACACUGAAGCUCUUGAAGACAUUACAAUAUAUACAUGAUGGUGGCGGUAUAUCUAUGCACCCCAAAGUCAUUACCAGAGGUCAACAGCUGGGUACUUUACUUAUCGUCAAUCCCGAAAAGCAGAGCUUUGCUUGAUUCUCUGAAGAGUUACUUACACUUUAAUGCAUCUGACUGUUAGUUCCUAUGUGCAACCACAAACAGGUAAAACUUUUUAUAUUUUAAAUCUUAACUUCAGCCAGCUAUGGACAUAGAUGAAACAUUUCACAAAAUAUAAUAAAUCAAUUACAUUAUUUCUUCA